UCAUAACAUUCACGCCGCUUUAUAUAAUCUCAACACAAGCAAGAAUGUUUUGCUGUUUAACUGUGGAAAUAUAAAGAUUUUCUUCGCCUAAACAUUAACGAAAGAUUUCUAAGUGCACUUCACUUGAUGUCUCAUCCUUGCAUAUUACACAACAAACCAGGUGCUUUGACCAUGGAGAAGUCUGUUCAGUGUGAUAGCAUGGAAAAUGCAAUUACUUUUAGUGAAACUGAAAAAGAUAAUUCUGAGAAUCAAGAGAAUGUAAUUAUUGAUGCAGCGACCAAGAGCCACACCCCAUUUUCUGCAAUGUCACAAGAUGCAAGUAUUUCCACAAAGGAACCACAACCACUUGUGAAAGCUUUAACAGAGGAGAAACAUGCAUUUCUGAGAAACUUUCUUGGAAAAAGCCUCAAAGAUGAAAUGAACUCAGAGAUAUUAGACUUUCACAAAGAUAAUCGACCAAAGUUUUGUCUAAACCCUGGUCUGCCAAAACCAGCCAGCCUUGUCACUGUUGUGAGAUUUCAGAAAGGUGAGUUUGUUGAAGUAAACAACUUGUCUUCAUACAACAGUUCAAUGUGUUUACGAGACAUGAAAAACGCCAUCUCUGCGGCUUUGGAUUCUUGCAUAACCCAAGCGAACCCUGAAAUAGCACCCAGGCCUGCUCAGACAAACCCACUGAAUGAUGUCACUGCGAAAAAUGCAAAUGAAAAUAGUUCACAAGAAAAAAGUAUCACCACAAAACAAACCCAACCAAAAACACUGGGUGUUGAUGAGGGUGAUAUAGGGACAGCUGGGAACACUACUGGUACAUCCGAGGGUAGUAAACCUGACUCUCCUAAGGGAAAUAGUGGAGGCAAAGGGGCAACUGUGGGAUACAAAGGCACACAGUCCAGACCCAAGAGUACAUCUGAAGCUCCACCAGCAGAAAAACUGAAAAAGACACCAGAAAAAGUAAAAACAGACGAGGUUCCGAAAGGGAAACUUCAGACUAACAAAGGAAAAGUUGAAGCCCCACCCAAACCAAAGGCAUCCAAGCCGGCGCAGGUCCGGGUUAAGAAACCGAAGAUCCCUGAUGAGGAAUCAAUUAAGUUUGCGAACAGACAGCGAGAAAUUCAGAGGAUGAAGAAGGAACUAAAAGAAAGAUUAAAAAAGGAAGGAAAGGAAGGUGUCGAUCCGGCCGCACGUAUUAAUGCCUGGGGACGAACGGUUGGCGUCACGUGCACAAUGUGUGGUAAUCACGUGCAGAAAUCGUACGGGUGUUUCCGACGUGAUACGGCACCGGAGAAACUCGUUCAUCUUUUCACACCCGGAAUGAACCGCAUCAAGAUAUGCAGACGAUGUCUACCGUAUAAGAAACAAGUUGGCAAAACCGAGCAGAUUCUUAAACCCGGGUUAUUGUCCCUUCCUAAGGAUCUCCAGGGGGGAUUGAACCCAGGAAAUAAGACCCCUGUGACUAUUGCCCCAAUAACAGACAAAGCAGUUUCGGCUGCCACUCUAAACGCCAUCCAUCGUAAAGUCACUGGUCAGGAAAAUACUGGUCGUGAAAACAACGCUCGUGCAAACGUUAAUCUUGGUCACGCGAACGUUGGUCCUGGUCACGUGAACGUUGGAGCAGUUCACGUGAACAAUCCUAACCUGAAAAGUAUUCCUGGUAUCGUGAGCAAUGUUCCUGGUAACGUGAACACAAUCCCGGGUAUCGUGAAUAAUGUUCCUGGUAUCGUAAUCAAUAGCACUGAUCACAUGAAUACUGUUCCUGGUAUCGUGAUCAAUAGCACCGAUCACGUGAACAAUGUUCCUGGUUUGGUGAUCAACAGUUCUGCUCACGUGAACCCAGGCUCUUUUCCAGCUGGAGCUGGUCACGUGAUUGAUAGCUCGGGUCUGCCGUCUGAAAUUGAUUUAUCAGGAGAUAGUAGCCAGGGCUCCGCCAUUGAAUAUAUCAAGAAACUUGCGCUGAACCUCAGGACCAAUUACAAUGAACCAGACGCAGCUUCGACGAACAAGAACGAACUCGUCACACCAGAGGAACAAAUCAUCAAGACACCAAUACUUGAGCAUCUUUCCAACUUUACCCCAGUUACACCAUCGAUGAAUUUGACAAACCAGGCGACCAGUAACCCUGCAACUGUUGUUGCAACUGCAGUUAGUUUACCACCAUCGCAGUGGAAACCUGUUGUUAACCAGGUUGCACCAGUUAAUAAACCGGUCACACCUGAAACAACAGCAAGUUUUGUCCAGACAAGUGAUGGCAAUCUGUUGCAAGCUCCGCCUUGGACUGCCUUACCCAUAGUCCUGAACGCCCAACCGAACAUGGUUCUGACGUCAUCCAACCAAGCACCACGUGAUCCGAAAAGUACUUCUCUACAAACGUUUGUCACAGCGGCCAAUCAAAAAGAUCUAAAGUUGGUUCCCACAAUCAUGGUGCCAUCCCAGAAUACAUUGCCGCGCGGACAAGGUCCAGUCUUGCUACAAAUUCAGCGAGUGAAAUUAGUUCGUGAAAAGACUGGGGAGAAAGUGGAAAUAAAAGACAACAUUUCAGAGGAGCAAGGUAAACGAAGUGAAAUGGUUGAACAGUCACCAGCUGACCUUCCUGUGACAGACUUUGCAGGGUAUGCUGGUAACAUUCAUAACCUAACUGGCAACCACCAACAACUUCCUGGAGAAAUAUCGUCUACUGAAGUGGAAAACUCGAUGGGUGAUUUCCUAACGCAUGGUAAAGACGUUUUCCCCGCUCAAGUCGAUCCACUGAAUGCAAACUUUCAAACACUUACUGAUGAAAUUUCGUCAACUCAAUUGGAAACAUCAACUGGUAACAUUAAGAAAAUUACCGAGGAAUUGGCGUCUUUGAUUGGAGGGGGAAGUGUGUAUACACAGGAUAACAAUGAGAAGAUGAUGGAUGCAAUGGGACAUCUGAGUCAAGCUUCGGAACGGGACAAUAUUAAAGUAACAGAGUUAGCCGAAGGGUCUGACAAACAUGAAAAUCUUAAUGUUGUGGACACGGAAAUUUUACGGAGUGAAUUUCUUCAUCCAAAUGAAGCAAUUGGAGAGAAAACACUUUCGUCUGAAGGUCUGGGGAUGAGUUAUUCUCAAAACGAGCCUGUGGACCUACUUUGCGCUUCGGCAAAUGUUUCAAGCCAAGACACAGCCAGCUACGCUAUGAGUGGACCUCAGGUGGUAGGCAGGAAAGAUGGUGGUCAAGAAGGGUUAAUCGGAGCUUCAGAUCUGUCUCAAAGUGGUGAAGCGAGCGUAUUCCAAAGUCAAAUUUCUGAAGAGUUUCCACCACAAACUAAUGUUGGAAAACUGUCUGAAAUAAACCAGUUAGAAAAUAUCCAGAUGAUGAACGAAGAUCUGUUAAACGAGGUCGAUCAUUUACAGGAUGAAAAGUUACCCGAUGUUAUGAAUGUAAAGGACGAUGCGUCUAAAGAUCCCCUCUCAGAAAAGCACGUCAAGAAUAUCCCAGACGAAGCGAAUGACGAAGAUACGUCGCUUGGAAUGACAGAAGAUGCAAAGGUGAAGGAAAAGGAAGAUUGUGAAAACGUAAAAGAAUCCUCACCUGAGGAAAACCAGAGAGGAGUAAACGAAAAAGAUGAUUUGCAUGUCAGCACGAAAUCUGAGAAACAGGAAAAGAUGAAAGACACAAGAAAUAAAGAUCCACAAGACAUGAAGUCCGCGACUGAUGAGAGUAUUUCAUUAGAUCUUAGAAGAAGUCAGAGACGAACAGCAAGUCCACGAAAACUCAGCCCAAGCAAGAGUCCUGCCAAGAAGUUUGAACCAAGAGUUCAUGGAACACGACAGAGCACUUUGAGGCAGAAGGAAGUAGGAUCGCAGGGAUCACAGACGGGAAAAGCGGUACAACAAGGAACCACUGGACAUCAGGGAUCGCUAAAGGGGAAAACUGGACAACAAGGAUUGCAGAAGGAGAAGACUGGACAAUUGGUUACCCAAAGGAGUAAGACUGAACGACAAGGAUCACAGAAGGAUGAAAAGGAACAAGAAACGACACAGGGGGUUAAGAGAAAACGGCAAGGCCGUGGAGCAAAGACGGUGAAAGCAAUGAAAACGUAAGGCGCUAUGAAAGAGAGAGGGAGACAGAUAGACAAGAGAAAUAUCUUUCCUCGAAAGAAGGAAUACAGCCUAGUAUAGGCCACAAAAUAUUUGAGAUAUAAUUUUUUGCAGUUUUCUGAGGUUCAGGUAACAUAAAAACAUCUCGUGGCCGUGCAAUAAUAAUAACACAAUGUCGAAAUUCGCUCAUUUUAACGGCCCUUUCGACAUUUUGAAUAUUUUGAAAAAACAAAUAACGAAAAUAAACGACGGACAGCUGAUUAAAUGAACAACAGGCAAGUGUGGCUACGAGUGUUUUUUAUGCCUUUACACUGAAAGUGUUGAUUGUAAAUAUACGAGUUGCGUUGAAACAGUUUGGUUAAUUGAUAGUUCAUUUCAUUCUUUUUAUGUGUGGGGUUUGUUAUUGAGGCUAGUAUUAUGACUAUUAUCAAAUUUAU